UGCCUUCAAAAUCUUGGCUUCUUUCUCUACCAUGAGAUUGUGGCUUCGAAACAGACACCUAGGAGUCCUGUGUACCAGUCACUACUAUCUCAACACUUUGCUGUCGAGACAUCAAGCCCUCAGCAAGAUCGACUAGCACUGGGAAAACUGACAGAAAGGAAACAUGGAGCUCGGGUGCCCUGAGUUGCUGGAACCCCCAGAAGAUAUCUUCUCGACGGGAUCCUUCCUGGAGCUGGGAUUCAACAGUCCCCCGUCAAAGGGCCUUCAGAAGAGUGAACCUGACGAUUUCCUGAACCUCUUUAUCGAUCCCAAUAUGAUAUACUGCUCAGAAACAUCUCCUGGUAGUGACAGUGGGGUCUCUGAAGAUCCUGGAUCCCCUGCCCCACAGGCUCCCAGUUCCCCUGCCCUCUAUGAGGUUGUCUAUGAUGCAGGGGCCCUACAGGGAACUCAGCAGGAAGCUGGGCCAACCUUCGGAUUCAUCUCUAUCCAGAUAGAUCAGUGGAGCCCUGCAUUUAUGGUCCCUGAUGCCUGCACGGUCAGUGGACUGCCCUCCGAUGAGCAUAGACAUACCCUGCCUGGGGUCAGCACCAGAGCCCAAGCACCUCCUGCAGCCAUGCUGUCCUGCCAACAUCAUCUGUUCCUGACAGAUGAAGAAAAGCAACUGCUGGGGCAAGAAGGGGUUACUCUGCCCUCUCACCUGCCCCUCACCAAGGCAGAGGAGAGAAUACUCAAGAAGAUCAGGAGGAAAAUCCGCAACAAGCAGUCAGCUCAGGACAGCCGGCGGCGGAAGAAAGAAUACAUAGAUGGGCUAGAGAGCAGAGUGGCAGCCUGUUCGGAACAGAAUCAGAGACUACAGAGAAAGGUCCAGGAGCUGGAGAGGCAGAAUAUCUUCUUGAUGGCGCAGGUCCGCCAGUUACAGAAGCUCACUGCUCAGACCUCCAGCAGAGCUGCCCAGACCAGCACCUGUGUUCUGAUUCUUCUUUUUUCACUGGCUCUCAUCAUCCUGCCCAGUUUUAGCCCCUUUCAGGGUCAAUCAGAAGCUAGGCCUGAGGAUUAUCAGCUUCGUGGAGUGAUCUCCAGAAAUAUCUUGACUCACGAGAACGCAACAGAAAGCCUGGAGAGUCCAGUGCUAAAGUCCAAACUGGAGGAGCUACCUGAAGCCCCAACUACAAAUGGUUCAACAAAGACACAUCUGAAGAUGCGAGUGAGACCCACUGGGCAGAUCAGGGGAAUGGUGCAUGCAGAUGAGAUGUAAGCCAAUCACACAAGACGCCACACAGGCUUCCCUGUCACCUUUUAUCAUGUGGCAGGGAACCUCAAAUACUUAUCCAUUUGUGAUUUCAUUCCUUCUUUGUUGGUAAGGUCAAAGGAAAACAAGUUUUAACUUGGAAAUAAACUUCCUAGCUCAAAUUCUAUCCCAA